CUUCCAUCCCCCUCAGGACUGGGUUUGAAUUGCUUUUCAUCUGGAGUGGCAGUGAUUCAGCGACCCCCUUCUCAGCAGCAGGCAGUGACAGAGACAGGAGACGAAAAACACAGCGAAUGAAUCAGACGUGGUAAGAUGCCAGAUACACUGGGAAAAUCUGAAGCAGGAUCUCAGAGGCUGAGUUAAUGGACAGGAAAGUGGCAUUUAGAGAGACAAGAGGCAGGCUGCCCACCCAGAAGCACCAUCUCACCCAUCAGGAAUAGCCCCCAAGUUAAGGAUCCCAGAGAUUCCACGCAAGCAGCAACACAGAAAAGAAGCUGAUGCUACAGAGGGAUGUGAAUGCAGGAAGAAAUGGAAGAUGCCCACGAUUGAGAAAGUCCCUGAAUUUAUCUUUGAAGCAAAGUUUUCUGCUCUGAUAAAGGUUCUCCAUUAGAUAAAAAACCGUGGAAUUCCACAAGGCUUGCAUGUCAGCUUAGGAAGCCAAGAGAGUCUUGAAUGCACUUGGGAGCAUAUUCCCCCCACCAAAAGCACCUAGUUAAGAGCUCAGCCCAGCUGACGCUUUGACUUUGGCCUUGUGGGACCCUAAGCAGCGAACUCAGACUUUCAGCCUACAGAACCGCAAGAUAGGCCCAUCCUUCAGGGGUGAGCUUUCCCGAGAGCCCUGUGGCUGAUCAACAGCUGACUCCUGGAGUCCUGCCCCAGCUGACAACUGCAGAAUCUUGGACCAGCUCUUGGACCAGAGAAUUGAGUUCCUUCCUCAAACGCGCGUUGACCCUCAUCGUAUUUCUGCCAGUAUCAGCGAGGCUAAGCAUGUUUCAUGAAACUCUGUUGAGCCUGGCAUUCUCCACAGAUGUCUCCAUGCCAGCAUUCUCCUGUUUAGCAGCACAAAUCUUGUCAAUGAGUUGGCAUUUCUCCUCAAUCAAUGCAGCCAGCAUUUUUGCCAGCUUCUCCUCAUGUCUCCCAUAAAGUCAACUUCUCCAAGAUCAAGCAAGUCUGAAAGUACCUAAGACCCCCACCAAAAAGCUGAUGACAGGCAGACUUGCCACUGUCUGCCCUUUUAGGUUCUGGAAAGUGAACCAUGAACUCAAGCCACUGGACAGCAGCAACACCACAACCUCACUCAGCUUCCCAAAGAAGAGCCCUAAGCCAGUGUCCACAGAGGACGGCAGCCCCUCGUGGCACUGAUCCACCACAGGGCUCUGCCCAGUUACCGUGGAUCCACCAGCCACAACAAGCCCCAGCUCCUCUCUGAAGAGACCAACAGGAACACAUUCAUCAGAGGAGCUGCCGUCUGAGCCCAGGAGGAGCCUGUCUAGAGGUCAUAUACUGUAAAUGCCCUUACGAGGAAUACUUGAUUGCUAGAGAAAAGAAAAGAGACUUCUCUUCCAGCUGAGAAGAAAGACAAACAAGCCAUUCAGGAAAUGUUGGCGGCUCUGCAGAGUGAAGUCCACCACCAGGAAGAUAAAAUGGAGAAUCAAGUACAAAUAGAAGACACACGUGACGGUCUCUCAACGACUCAGCGAUCUUUGGUGCAUUUCUUGUCAAGGUCUACAGAUCCAGAUACCCCAGCACUGUCAUUGUCACAGUCUUUAUCCGGUGAAAUAUCUGCCAGUUACUAUCCGUCUAGCCCUCAGGUUAGUGGAGUAACUGUAUCAACAGCUGGAUCAGAGUCUCCUAAAUCUUCUUUAGUGAGCCAUCCCCAAUCCAAAAACAAUUUGGGAGUCAACAAACUCAAAUUUCCAAGGAAAAAGUCUCUGCCAGUCCAUGCUUCUGAGCCAGCUGUGGUUGGGCAAGGGGAGGAUUAUUUCCUGUCUUUGUUUGGUGACUCAAAGAAACUUACCUCUCACUCAUUCCACACCAAGAAAACUUGGAAGCACUUUUCUAUGAUUCUUGAAGAAGUGGGCCAGUCUAGAUCCAGUGCUCUUGGAGACAUUAAAAUAGCUGAAGUGAAUGUCAAGGGUUUAUUUGUGAAGCUCAUUAACUCUUCCUUUGACAAAGAACUGCAGAUUGGAAACCAUACUCUCCAACAAAAUGUAAACGGACAAAUGGUCUCCUUGUACCGAUUCCUUCCAAAUAUCAUGAUGCAGGCCAAUUCCACAGUAACAGUCUGGGCAGCAGCCUCUGAAGCAGAGCAUCAGCCACCGUCAGAUUUUCUUUGGAAAGAGCAAAACAGGUUUAGGACAAGCCCAGAUUGUACAACGAUCCUGUGCAAACCUAACGGUGAAGCUGUUGCCUGGUACACUCCUAUUCACUGGAAGCAAGCGUGGGAGAAAUUAGAGACCGACAUUGAAUUUGACAGAAGCUCGAUAGUGAGUUCAACAUCUCGAAGGCACAUGUUUCAUUGGCCAGCAGCUCCAACAACUAUCGAAAAACAAGAUCAGUCUAAGACAGGUUCCUCCAAAUGUCAGGUGGAGCAUGUUCAAGCUUUUCUUAAGAGAGAAAAAGAAAUCCCACCAACCCUUUUUCCCAAUCGCAGUCCUUGGUGCCACAGCCCUAAUGUCCCUGCCCAUCCCUACUGUCCUCUGAUUGAUCCUCACGACACCGGCAUGGCUGGAUGCAGCUUAGACACACAGCCCAGGUCUCAGUCAGCCAGGCCCAAUCCAGCCCUGAGACCAAGAAAAAACAAGAUGUCUGAGUUACGAAAUAAUAAGCAGUCAAUUCGACUUUUAAAGGACGAUAACAUCCAAGUCUAGAGAACCACACAAGGAUGCCUGACGUGACACAGCCUGCCUUCCACGCAGGACGGGAAGCCGGCAGCAAAGGAGAACGUGGCUUCUCUUAGGAAAGAUCAUUCCUCGGGACUUUACUGUAACUGUUUCUUAAAGAAGGAGAUGGAGUUUGUGGACAAGUUAAAACAUUUGUUUUUCUAGGCUGCUAAGAAGAAAAACAUUGUUCAAGAGCAAAACCAUCCCAGUUUUCAUUAAGUUUCUUAAGCACUGACUUCAGGCUUUUAUACCCUGCCCAGCUGUUAGGUCUGUCUACAACGUCUGCCGUUUCUGCAGAUGCGUUUUCCAAAAAGCACAUGUUUCAGGAAUUCUGAAUCACAUGGUGUAUCUGAUUCUCUACGCUUAGAAUUUGUCUCCUUAAAGCAGGCAUUAAUUUGCCUUCCUAAUGAUUGGAAGUAACAGAUGAAGUUUCUACAGAGUGGCUAGUUGGGGGUUUUUUAAACUUGCCUGCACUUCUCUCAGAUUCAGCCAAAAUCAUCCCCUCUUCCACCGUGUGAUACUCGGUACAAAAUCUCAUGGACAGGGAAUGCCAAGAACGUUUUAAUUAAAUAAUCUGAUGAAGCUACCUUUCUAAAAAAACUCACUUAUUAUUCUUUAGCAAUCUUAUUCUGUACCUAUCAAGAGUGUAGAAGUUGAAAACCUAGUGACUAUGUUCAUGUUUAAUGCUGACCCACUUUACAGUCAGAAGGUAUGGUUGUUUCGGUCUCAGAACAAAUCCUGUCUAUACCUUGUAGCCCAGCUUAAUUUCAUUUAAUUUAUGUUUAUUUAUAUGACAUAUUCAGGGAGAUGAGGUAUAUACAGUCUUGGAAUGUGAGGAUGGGCAAGGAAAGUGAGGAUUUUUCCCCAUUAUACUCUGUUUGAAAAAUAAAGGAACGUAAAAUAACCCAAAAA